AUGGUUAACAAGGUACUAGGCCUGAAAACUACUAAACUGUCUUCCUGCCGUAGAAUCAAUUGUUCCUUUUUUCUUCCGUUGCUCUGGUUGGCCAUUGUCACUGCUGGACUUGUGAUGGCGCAACCGAGUCGAGCUCGCGUCUAUGCCGAUUGUAAUACGCACCGGCCACGCGAAUACUACGACUACGAGCUGCACGUUGUUGAGUGGGGUAAUCAAGAUGAUUAUCAGAUCGUGCGUAAGCUCGGUCGUGGCAAAUACAGUGAAGUAUUCGAAGGUAUCAAUAUAACAAAUAAUGAAAAAGUUGUCAUUAAAAUUCUCAAACCAGUUAAGAAGAAAAAAAUAAAACGCGAAAUAAAAAUUCUGCAAAAUUUACGUGGCGGACCAAAUAUUAUUACACUACUCGAUAUUGUUAAAGAUCCUGUGUCGAGAACGCCUGCACUUAUAUUCGAAAAUGUUAAUAAUACUGAUUUUAAACAACUCUAUCCAACACUUUCCGAUUAUGACAUUCGUUAUUAUAUGUAUGAGUUACUUAAAGCACUCGAUUAUAGUCAUAGCAUGGGUAUUAUGCAUCGUGAUGUCAAGCCUCAUAAUGUAAUGAUUGACCAUGAAAAUCGCAAGUUACGAUUAAUUGAUUGGGGCUUAGCCGAAUUUUAUCAUCCAAAUCAAGAAUAUAACGUUCGAGUUGCAUCACGUUAUUUUAAAGGACCAGAAUUACUUGUUGAUUAUCAAUAUUAUGAUUAUUCACUUGAUAUGUGGAGUUUAGGUUGUAUGUUGGCUAGUAUGAUUUUUCGUAAAGAACCAUUUUUUCAUGGACAUGACAAUUAUGAUCAACUCGUACGUAUUGCUAAAGUUCUUGGUACUGAUGAACUGUAUGAAUAUCUUGAAAAAUAUCAAAUUGAACUUGAUCCACGUUUUAAUGAGAUUCUUGGCCGACAUUCACGGAAACGAUGGGAAAGAUUCGUUCAUUCAGAAAAUCAACAUCUUGUUAGUCAAGAGGCAUUAGACUUUUUGGAUAAACUUCUACGCUAUGAUCAUAAUGAUCGUUUGACAGCAAAAGAAGCGAUGGAUCAUCCUUAUUUUUAUCCCAUCGUACGCGAUCAAGGUCGUCCAAUGAAUGCAACCUCUCAAGUCUUACUUUCGAACAAUGCUGGUGCCUCUAUAUCUUUGGCAACGUCUCUGUCGCCGCUUAAUGUGAACAGUAGCGUGUCGACGAAUAAUCAGUAA